AUGGCGAAAAGUCCAUUCUUAAUUGGGAUUCUAGUAUUGUGUUGCUGGACAGCUAUAGCAAAUGCAGAAGAUAUGAUCUAUAAAGAUCCUAAAAUGCCAAUAAAUCACAGAAUCAAGGACCUGAUGAACAGGAUGACCUUAGAAGAAAAGAUAGGCCAAAUGACACAAAUUGAUCGCUCUGUGGCAUCAGCGAUGGUCAUGAAAAAGUACUAUAUAGGGAGUGUAUUGAGUGGGGGAGGUAGUGUUCCGGCUCCACAGGCAUCGGCUGAGACCUGGGUGGACAUGGUGAAUGAUUUCCAAAAGGGUUCAUUAUCGACCCGUCUUGGGAUACCGAUGAUAUAUGGGAUUGAUGCAGUUCAUGGCCACAACAAUGUCUAUAAUGCUACAAUCUUCCCCCACAAUAUUGGUCUUGGAGCAACAAGGGAUCCUAUACUGGUCAAGAAGAUUGGAGCUGCAACUGCUCUUGAAGUCAGAGCCACAGGCAUUUCUUAUGCUUUUGCACCUUGCAUUGCGGUCUGUAGAGAUCCAAGAUGGGGCCGUUGUUAUGAAAGCUAUAGUGAAGAUCCAGCUAUAGUUCGGGCAAUGACUGAAUUGGUACCCGGAUUACAAGGAGAUUUGCCAGCUAAUUCUCGGAAAGGUGUUCCAUACGUUGGUGGAAAAGAAAAGGUUGCGGCUUGUGCAAAGCACUUUGUGGGUGAUGGUGGAACGACCGAAGGCAUCAAUGAGAACAAUACAGUUAUAAACAGGCAUGGACUGCUUAGUAUCCACAUGCCAGGUUAUUAUAAUACAAUCAUUAAGGGCGUGUCAACAGUCAUGGUCUCCUACUCAAGCUGGAACGGAGUAAAGAUGCAUGCUAAUCAUGAACUUGUCACCGGAUUUCUUAAGAAUACACUACGUUUCAGAGGUUUUGUUAUUUCUGACUGGGAAGGUCUUGACCGAAUUACUUCUCCACCUCAUGCAAACUACACAUAUUCGAUUCUAGCAGGAGUUAAUGCAGGCAUUGACAUGCUCAUGAUUCCAUACAAUUACACAGAAUUUAUUGAUGGUCUAACCUUCUUGGUGAAAAAUAACUUCAUACCAAUGAGCCGAAUUGACGAUGCAGUGAAGAGGAUUUUAAGGGUGAAAUUCAUCAUGGGACUAUUUGAAAACCCUUUGGCUGAUUAUAGCAUGGCCAAGUACCUAGGAAGUCAGGAGCAUAGAGAACUAGCAAGGGAAGCAGUAAGAAAAUCUCUUGUGCUGCUUAAAAAUGGUAAAUCCUCGGACAAGGAGUUAAUACCACUUUCAAAGAAGGCACCAAAAAUACUAGUUGCAGGAACCCACGCAGACAAUAUUGGUAAUCAGUGUGGCGGGUGGACAAUUCAAUGGCAGGGACAAACCGGCAACAUUACAGUUGGUACCACAAUUCUUACAGCCAUAAAGAAUACUGUUGACCCUAAAACGGAAGUUGUGUUCAGUGAGAAUCCAGAUUCUGGCUAUGUAAAGUCGAACAACUUCGCUUACGCCAUUGUAGUGGUGGGGGAACCACCAUAUUCAGAAACAAAUGGCGAUAGCUUAAACUUGACGCUUCCUGACCCAGGACCGAGUAUCAUAACAAAUGUUUGUGGUUCUGUGAAAUGUGUUGUUGUUCUUAUCACUGGCCGUCCAGUAGUGAUUCAACCAUAUCUUGAUCAAAUUGAUGCCCUUGUAGCUGCUUGGCUCCCGGGAACUGAAGGCCAAGGUGUUGCUGAUGUUUUGUUUGGCGACUAUGGCUUUACAGGCAAGCUUUCACGUACGUGGUUCAAGACUGUUGAUCAGCUUCCAAUGAACGUUGGAGAUCGGCAUUAUGAUCCAUUGUUCCCAUUUGGAUAUGGAUUAACCACAGAACCCUCAAAGGCCUAUUAA